AAGCCAGCGUCUAUCGACACUUCCUGCGAGGGAGAGCUCCAGGUCGGCAAAGGAGAUGAGGUCACCAUCACACUGCCGCACAUCCCUGGGUCCACCCCACCGAUGACAGUGUUCAAGGGCAACAAGCGCCCGUACCAGAAGGACUGCGUGCUCAUCAUCAACCACGACACGGGCGAGUGCGUGCUGGAGAAGCUCAGCAGCAGCAUCCAGGUCAAGAAGACCAGGGCUGAGGGGAGCAGCAAAAUUCAGGCUCGGAUGGAGCAGCAGCCCCCACGUCCCCCUCCGCCGCCGCCGCCUGUGCCGUUCAGAGCGCCUACAAAGCCUCCAGCGGGGCCCAAGACCUCCCCGCUGAAGGAUAACCCCUCACCUGAGCCGCAGCUGGAUGACAUCAAGAGAGAGCUGCGGGCCGAGGUGGAUGUGAUCGAGCAGAUGAGCAGCAGCAGCGAGAGCUCCUCGGACUCCGAGAGCUCCUCGGGAAGCGACGACGACAGCUCCAGCAGUGGCGAGGGUGCUGCCGCCUCCCCGCCGCCGUCCCCGCCACAGCCCUGCAACAGCAGGCCCGUGGCCAACGGCACCAGCCGGCUGCCUGGGAGUGCGCAGCUCAUGAACACCCUUCGGAAUGACUUGCAGUUGAGUGAAUCUGGCAGUGACAGUGACGACUAGGGCGGGCUCUGCAGAACCUGUUUUCAGUGUGCACAUGCCGCAGCUGGCUCGUCAGCGUGGAUUCGCCGCGGGAGGCGUGUGGAGCAGUGAUUGUAUAGGGCCUUGGACAUGCAAGUCCAGGCUCCUGGUGGUGGUGACUUUCUCAUAGUAAUUUUUGAGCAAUCUCGUGUUUGAAGUUUUAAGUAGACCCAUAGAAGAGUUAACAGAAUCAUGUUUGUAUUUAGUAGCAUUGCUAGUGAAAGUCAGGUGCCUGUCCCCUGGUCUGGGUCCCCCCAGGGCCGUGUCUGCCCCAGGUCAGCGGUGCGGUUUGCCCCUCCACAGCCAUCUGGUGGGCCAGGUGGGCUGCACCUGUGACAUGAGCCAGCCUUUGAGGGCAGGAGAGAGGGACCCCUCAAAUGCAUCACAGAAAUGAAUCACCCUUUGGACACCA